CCUUGGCUUCAGGGACCAUCAACACCAUGUUGAGUGGACCAGGUAAGCCCUUGGCUUCAGGGACCAUCAACACCAUGUUGAGUGGACCAGGUAAGCCCUUGGCUUCAGGGACCAUCAACACCAUGUUGAGUGGACCAGGUAAGCCCUUGGCUUCAGGGACCAUCAACACCAUGUUGAGUGGACCAGGUAAGCCCUUGGCUUCAGGGACCAUCAACACCAUGUUGAGUGGACCAGGUAAGCCCUUGGCUUCAGGGACCAUCAACACCAUGUUGAGUGGACCAGGUAAGCCCUUGGCUUCAGGGACCAUCAACACCAUGUUGAGUGGACCAGGUAAGCCCUUGGCUUCAGGGACCAUCAAGGCCAUGUUGAGUCGACCAGGUCAGUUUGCAGAGAAUGAAACCAACGAAGUGAACUUCAGAGAGAUCCCCUCCCAUGUCCUGUCCAAGGUGUGCAUGUACUUCACCUACAAGGUCCGCUAUACCAACAGUUCCACAGAAAUACCAGAAUUCCCCAUCGCCCCUGAGAUUGCCCUGGAACUACUCAUGGCUGCAAACUUCUUGGAUUGUUAAAAACUUCAAAAGAAAUGUAGCAGCGUAAAACAUUUUUAUUUUUUUUGACUAUUUAACUUGUUUGCCAUGUUGCUUCAGAUAUAAAACAAAGUGAAUGAUGAGUAAGUUAUGUCAGUAUGCUGUGUGAAAAUGUUUUUGCACCAGGCUUUGUCCACAUUCUGGUAGUGAAGACUUGAAUCUUAAUCUAAUAAACUGAUUUGGCUGCUCCAGAAUGUGACAGAAGUGGCUACCCCCCCCGUCGUAUCCAAUCAUUCCUUUACCUCCCCACAACAAUAAAGUUGAGUGUUUUGGUGCC